AAGAACCGCUACGCAGAAAUUGAGAGAAAGCAUGCUACGGCCGAGGAGCAACUUUCUACCACCAGUGCGGAACGAGAUGCUCUGCUGCAAGAUAAGCUAGCGCUGCAGUCAAACAUCUCAGGCAAAGAAAGCGCUGCCGCAGAACUGGAGCGCAAGCUCGUCGAUGUCGCUGCUCAGUUAGCGAACAGUGCCCGUCAGCUUCAGCAAACACAAGCUGAGCUCAGAGGCGCGAACAAGCGU